AAUUCUGACAUCGCAUUCAUCGUUUUACCUAACCCGACGCGGAUUGCAUUAGUGUGGAUAUUGUGAUCUCUUUGAACACAGUGAUCUUAUUCAUUUAGUGCAAUAAAGUUUUUGCAGGUGUUAAGCAUUGUGUCAUCCAAGUCGCCUAAACUAAGAUAAGUUAACCGAGCACAAUGCCUUUCAAACCAGCAGACAACCCCAAGUGUCCAAAAUGCGGCAAGUCGGUGUACGCCGCCGAAGAGAGAGUCGCCGGUGGACUCAAGUGGCACAAGAUGUGCUUCAAGUGUGGACUGUGCCAGAAGUUGCUGGACUCCACCAACUGCUCAGAACACGAAGGUGAACUGUACUGCAAAGUAUGCCACGCGCGCAAGUUUGGACCCAAAGGUUACGGUUUCGGUGGUGGAGCUGGCUGCUUGUCCAUGGAUGCCGGUGAACACCUGAAGCCUGACGCGGGCGUAAGAACCAACGGGGCAUGCCUUGAACCACGCGUCAUUGCAAAGGCCCCGCCCGGCGAGGGCUGCCCACGCUGUGGUGGCUACGUUUAUGCUGCAGAGCAAAUGUUGGCUCGUGGAAAGGCGUGGCACAGGGAGUGUUUCAAGUGCGGAGACUGCCACAAACGUCUGGAUUCCACCAACUGUUGCGAAGGCCCAGACAAAGACAUUUACUGCAAAGUAUGUUAUGGGAAGAAGUUUGGUCCCAAGGGAUACGGUUACGGAAAGGGAGCUGGAGUGUUGCAGAGUGACCCUUACGCCAAUGGUGACCAAGCACCCAAGACCACGUUGAUUGACACUGCGUCUAUAAAGGCUCCACCAGGCAAGGGCUGCCCUCGCUGUGGUGGCGUUGUGUUCGCUGCUGAACAAGUUCUGGCUAAGGGCCGUGAAUGGCAUCGCAAAUGUUUCAAAUGCCGCGACUGCACGAAAACUUUGGAUUCUAUUAUUGCAUGCGACGGCCCUGACAGCGAAGUCUACUGUAAAACCUGCUACGGCAAGAAAUGGGGCCCUCACGGAUAUGGAUUCGCGUGCGGCUCUGGCUUCCUGCAGACGGAUGGCUUGACUGAGGAAGAGAUCUCCGCUAACCGUCCCUUCUACAACCCUGAUACGACGUCCAUCAAGGCGCCCAAGGGUCAAGGAUGUCCGCGGUGUGGCGGAAUGGUGUUUGCGGCGGAACAACAACUGGCUAAAGGAACUAUGUGGCAUAAGAAGUGCUUCAACUGCGCCGAAUGUCACCGGCCUUUGGAUUCGAUGCUGGCGUGCGACGGACCUGACAAGGAGAUCCAUUGUCGCGCUUGCUACGCAAAGCUGUUUGGACCUAAAGGAUUUGGUUUUGGUCAUGCACCCACUUUAGUAUCGACUGAUGCUGAGCCAACCAUCACAUACACAGAGCAACUUCCAUUCACUGGCCAGAAGGCGGCCAAAGGUCAUGGCUGCCCGCGAUGCGGAUUCCCAGUCUAUGCUGCUGAACAGAUGCACUCCAAGAAUGGCACAUGGCACCGAAGGUGCUUCUCAUGUUCAGACUGCCAUAGAUCUCUUGAUUCCACCAACUUGAAUGACGGACCCAAUGGUGAAAUCUACUGCCGAGGAUGCUACGGCAAAAACUUCGGUCCCAAAGGUGUUGGUUUCGGAAUGGGCGCAGGCACAUUAACAAUGGCAUAAAGUGGUUAUGAAGCUGGUCUUCAUAGGAAAAAAAAAUAAUGUAAGGUAGCGUGAAAGGAAUCUAAUCUAGCGUAUAUUGCUACUCAUCAGUUGAUCUGUUAAUCAUACCAUUUAUUAAACUGGAUUUAAUAAUGGUUGAUACAAGCCAAAGAGACUAAUGAAUGUUAAAUAGAUAAUAAUAGUUUUAUAUAAGUACAAUUAUUUUGUUAUGAAGAUAUAAAUUAAAGGUUACAUUCCUUUCAUUAUAAUGUACAAAUUCGUGAUCAAUGUGUCUGGGCCCUUAGUUUAUACAUUCUUCAUAAAAUGUUGUAGUAAGUAAGAUGCAUAGACUUAUGUAGAGAAUAAGAAACAAGAAUCUAAAAAAAUUUAAAAAAAAUCGAUUAAUUAAAGGAAAAUAAAAAAAAAUAUGGCAUUGUGAAUAAAAAAUCCUGUAAACGCGGAAAAGAUUGCAAAUAAGCAAUCGUUUCGACCGACCAGAUCUUACAAACAGAUCUGAAGUGUCUAUACAUAUUUUUCUACACCAAUGUAUAUAGUUUUAUCGUAUCUUAUUUACUGCUUCCGGCACAAUAAGCUGUGCUAUAUAACUAAGUAAUGCUUUGGAGCUUUUGCUAUGUAACGUACACAGUAUACAAGAUGUAAACAUUAAGACAGCUUAUUGCAAAUGAUAAAUAUUGUAUGAUUAUUGUAUAAUUUAUAAACAUUUUUUAUUGAAUAAAGAUAUACAUUAUA